UGUUGUGUUUGCGUUUGUUUAUAUAAUCACAUAAUGGAGUGGACAAGUGAAACUACGUUGAAGCUCAUUGAGCUGUACCACAAUAAUGAAAUCUUGUGGAAUCAGUCAUUGCCGGAGUAUAAAUUAAACAGUAAAAAGCUCGAUGUUUUUAAGGAAAUGACGAAAGUCUUGGGCUGCACUAUUGCAGAAAUCAAGCAGAAAAUCAAAAACCUGCGCAGCCAGUUCCACCGCGAGCAUAAGGCGGUGAAACUAGCCGCUGGACAGGGACGUUCUCCAAAAACCCAAUGGUGCUUCUAUGGAUCAUUACAAUUUCUUCUUUCGGCGGAUACUGCUGAUAGAAAAGGAAUGUUCACUGAUUCUUACAUCGAGGAUAAUUAUGAUAAAGCCACAAAAGAAGAAGCUAUUUUAACCUGCAAAACAGAAUUUGACACCUCCCUGAUAUCGACAAGCUCGCGUAAAAAACGAAAGCCUGCGGCUGCUUUUAUGGACGAUCCCGCCGAAGAAGCUUACGAUGUUUUGAACGAACCGGUGGAGAAAGACGAUCUAGCGAUAUACGCAGAGUAUGUGACGAAUGAGAUACGAAAGCUUCGCCCUAGAACGCAGCUAAAUGUGAAGCAUCAGAUCAACAACUUGCUGUACCAGGCAGCACUGCAAGAUCUUGAUGCUGCGGACGAGAUCAACGGAAUGAAUGCGAUGAGCCCAACCUACGAUCAAGUGAACAGUUGA